GGACGUCGAGCGCACGAUGUUCGAGUAAAAUGGCAACACUCGCGGCGGGAAAGAAAAAUGUGCGAAAGAAAGAAUCAGCUGUUCGUCCUCCAGACCGUGUUUCCGGUUCUUUUGUUGAGCCAGGUGAUACCACAAUGGCAGAUAUUUGGAAGUAUUCUCAGCGUCCUGACACCUCCUUUGAUCCUCAAACGAUGAACCGGUCUAUUGAUCAGAGAAGAGAUGACAGACGCCAAGCAAGACAUGGUGAUCUCUCAUUCAGCAUUCUUGACAGAUCAAUAGAACCAAGAGAAGAACUAAGGAGCAAUGUAUUACAGAACGAUCGCAUCAGAAAAUCUAUGGGAAUGUUGGAGCAAGCCACUGGGAUACAGGGGACUCCUGCACCAGGUAUCUAUCCAUUCAACCAAUCAGCAAGAACUCCUGGGAGUGAGAUGAAAAGAAGAACAUAUACUCCUCAGAAACCACCCAUGACCUCAGAGUUUGAUGUUUCAGAUACGGUUGGAUUCACACCUGCGAGAUCCUUUCUCACACCUUCAGCUAAGCUUUCCGUUUCCAUGGGUGAGCCGACACGCAACCUGCAAACCUCCAUCCUGUCCAGUCCACAGUAUAAUGACUCAGUGAUGGAUCAAACGGGAAUGACCAUGGAUAUGACAAGAGCGAAUCUCCUAUUGCAAGAAGAUCCAGGUCAACUAGCAACUGAAGGGCUGUUUGAUGAAUUUCUAAGUGCCUUCAAGAAACAUCAAUCCUUGACCGAUGUCUUCGCCUUGGUGUCCGAGUAUGAGCGUCUCUGCCAUGAACAGGUCACUAUGCUAGACAGACUCAUGACAAAAACACUACCCAGUCAGAAAAGCUUUUCACGCACGCUUCAGGUACUCCGUCUCCUGACCCAGGAGAAAGCUACGUGGCGUCUGAUUGGUUCAUUGUAUCAAGACCGACAGAUGUCAGCCGAAGACCAAGAUGGUGUCGGUAUCACUCUCGACAGAAUCCAUACUGAGCAUCUCAGCGAAAGAGAAAUUGUAGACUCUUUGUUUGAGAGGGACGCCAUUGUCAGACAGCAUCAGAUUGUGGUAGAUUGGUUGGAAAGCAUAGCAGCAGAUCAGUCUGCAUUCUCAUACAACAAAGUACAGUUCUAUUCACAUUCAGUGUGCUGGGAAAAUACCCUCCAUGAAUUGCAGCAGAGGGCAGUCUCCGGAUCGGCAACGAGAGAGUCGAUGGUGACCUCACUUGACCCUGAUGCCCCUGUCCGAGAGAACAAACCAUUGGCUGACCUUGACAAGGAAGAUGAGAUCAAGCUGCUACUCAAUGUCUUUGCCAACAUCCGGGCUGGAAGGUUGGAGGAGGCCCAAAGGCUGUGCAAAGAAUCUGGUCAAGCUUGGAGGGCGGCGUCACUAGAGGGGUGGAGGUUAUAUCAUGAUCGCAAUAUGAACUCAGUUGAAAACUCUGGUGAACUUGCCCCAAUAGAAGGCAACACAUACCGGGACAUCUGGAAGAAUGUGUGCUGGAGAAUGGCGGAGGAUGAGAGGUUCCACCUGUAUGAGAGGGCCAUCUAUGCCGUCCUUAGUGGAAACCUGAGAGAGCUGCUACCAGCUUGUAACCUUUGGGAGGACUGUCUUUGGGCGUACUUCAAGGUUCUAGUCGACCAGGAAGUGGAGAGAGAGAUCCGGGACCAACUGAGAUCAGACAGGGCACUUCAACCUCUGCCUCAGGGCUAUUAUACAAAAGACCUCACACCGCCCAAGAUUUUCCAAGAACUUCAUGCACAUCCAAAUCAAAAAGUGGAAUCUCAGGCCAAGGAGAAGCUUCACCUUAUUCAGAAGUACAUCAUACUGGGUGAUAUUGACACCCUCCUUGAAGAAAUGAGUGAAUGGUUAAGAGAGAUUAACCCUCGUCCUUCUCAUCAUCUGGUCCGUUUCAUGGCUCAUCUAGCUUUAACCUUGCGAUCUUUAGGACUGUCAACUAGAGAUGAGAUAUGUAUCUCUGUCAUUGAGGCCUAUGUCAAGGAUCUGAUUUCCGAAGAGAAGACUGAGCUGGUUGCUAUAUAUGUUGCACAACUUCCCCCUGAUCUCCAGGUCAUGUGGUACGCAAAGUUUCUGGAAGGUAUCCAUGCCAAGGAACAGAGGCAGUACUGCUUACAACUAGCUGAAGAUGCAGGGUUGGAUGUAGCAGCGAUCACCAAGAAGGUUGUAGAGACUCUGAGAUUUAAAGAAGAUGAGGAGCCGGGUGCAGAUAUCAUACACACGGCGGCACUGGAAGCAGCAACAUCUCAGGAGGAUCGCCGAAAGAUUGAGGCCAUAGAUUGGUUAGUGUUUGAUCCGUCACAGAGAGCUGAAGCCGUCAAACAAUGCAAUGCCAUCAUCAGAGCUUUCCUCGCCACUAAGAAGCAUGAUGCUGCCAGGGAAGUCUUCAAGAAGCUUCCAGAAGACUCUAUUGAUGUGAUCCUCAGGAAUUGGAGGGCCAUGGCUGGAUCUGUUCCACCUCCUGUGCAGGAUGCUAAUGCUAUCAGAGAAUAUCUCUGCAUCAAAGCCUAUCUGGAUGCCUUGGAUGCUUACAAUGAUUGGUUCGCUCACUACCACAAUAAGAAGCCAAGUCCUCCUUCCCUACCAGAGGAUGCUAACUUUCAUGACAGAGUACGCUACGAACACGAGCACAAAGAAUACGAGAUGGAAUUAGAGAGAUGGGAACAGAGUGUACUAGCACUCACCAAGGGUGUAUCCGAUACCAUGUACAAUGUGCUUCUCUUUGUGGACGGGGGAUGGAUGGUCGACCAGACUUUCGAUGACGAUGAGGAAGAAGUUGAUGAGGUUCGUGUAAGUCAGAUGCAGAGGUUACGAGAGCUGUGCCUGCCGAGGAUGUGCCUUCUCCUGCACUCCGUUCUUCAUUCCACACACCAGUACAAGGAUUGCCUGAUUCUGGCUGACGUUGUCGCAUCGGAGCAGCACCAGCUUUAUAAGGUGUUCAGCAAGCCUGAAUUGAAACAAGUUCUCUCGCGUCUUAGGGAGUCGUCACUGCAACUCUUAGAUCAAAGUCUUGAUGCGUUAGGUUAUGAAAUUGCAUCAUGAUCAUAUGACCAGACACUAUUGGAAUGACUUUUCCUGAAACAUGCAUAUAGGAAUGUUGACAAUAAACUUCCAAAACUACACUAAGGAUGGGAUGAACCUUGCCUCAUAAUAAACUAGGUCACCCAAUUCACUCAUAAAGUGUAACCAAUAUGGCACCACCAAAGAAGUGUAAUACAGUAAAAGUUUUUAAUGGCAGCACAAUUCCCAUUUCAUAAUAAUUUUGUUUGAAAGGCCGAGUUAUCAAGUAUGAGAGAAGAAUACAGCCCUUCCAAUCAUUCUGAUGUCUUUCUUUUCAUUUAAAUGAAAUAAAAAGGUUUCUUUUAUUAACUCUAUCCUUCCCAGGGGUGGGGGGGGCAAAAACAGACCCCCUCCCCAACAUUUUUACGAUAAAUCUGUAACAUGAAAAGAUCUUUUUUCCUUCCAAAUCUUGCGCAACUUUAACUUUUUUUAAUGCAGGGUUACGCCGUUCUGAAGUUAUUUAGAAUUUUGUAAGUGCAUGUCAGACCCAAUAUUAAAAACAUGAUUUCAUGUACAAAUCCAAUGCAAAUUCUGGAUGUAGCCAAAAUUCAUAAAUAUAUCAUCAUUUUAUUUGUACUGAUUAAAAGUAAUGUAUUUUAUAUUAUUUAUGACUGAAAAAGUGUUGCUGAUGAUUUCCAUAAAAACAACAAUGAAAACCAUAAAGUAAAAAAACCAAAGAAAUGCAUAAGAAAUUAAACAAGCAGUAAAAUACAUAAGAAAAAACUUGAUAUUGCCAUUUCUUGAAUAUACAUUUGAUAAUAAUUGUAAGGAGAGUGUCCAGACCAAAUUCUAGCAGUUUUGAGGGCUAUAUUUUAAUAUUAACAGUCAAUUUGUGAUUUGAUGCAUUAAUUAGCAUAAUUGAAUAAUUCAAAUUGACAAUUUAAUCAUGAAGGUUAUAUCAUGGAUGAUGUGCGUGACAAUUUUUUGUCACGUCACGUGAUCAACGGCUCAGAUCUUAGGAGGGGGUGUUUCCCUCCCCCCCCCCCCGCUGUAAGGGUUAAGUCUUCCAGUUAAUAGGUUUUCUUUUUUUGAGAGAGGAAAUGUAAUACAAGCUUCACAAAAUCUAUAGAGUUCGUACUCUCAUUAGAGUGAGCGAAAUAGAGUUUGUUUUGUGUAUUUUUCACCUUCAAAAGGGAAAGUUGUUUGUGUGACAAUGCACAUCUUGGUUGCAUUAUAUUACCAAUGUGACAAUCUCCGUAUCAUUAGUAUUUUGGACAUUCAAAUGCUCAGUAACUUGUCCAUUUUAUCACAAACCUUCACCAAAAUCUUACAGAUUUUUCUUUUUUUCACACAACCUAACUUGUUCCAAAAUGUUUGUUUUCCAUUAAUAGUAAUAUUUUUGUCCAUAUUCCAUAUUAUUUUUUCUGUUAUUUGUGUCAAAUACUAGAAGAAUCAUGACUGUCAAAUGUAUAUUGUAUAAAGUUACUUUCUACUCACAUUUUUUUUGUAAGAUGAAGCAUGUUCCUGUGAAAGAAACCACAAUGUUAUUUUGUAAAUAUAAGCUGCUGAUAAAAAUAAUGAACAAACCCUGUA